CCUCGGGCUCCGGAGCUGCGGCCACUCGCGUGCUGGGCUGGGCCAGGACUCGGCACCGACUCCCGAGCGCCGGACAGCGGCUCGCAGCGCGCUCAGUCCCGCACGCGCGCCCAGCUCCCACCCGCGGCCCCGCGCUCGCCUUCCCGCGCCCGCCCGCUCGUCCCCCGGAGGCACCCAGGGGCCCCCACGAUCUUCUCAUGGCUGAUCUGAGCUUUAUCGAAGAUUCGGUGGCGUUCCCGGAGAAGGAGGAGGACGAGGAGGAAGAGGAGGAGGAGGGUGUGGAGUGGGGCUACGAGGAAGGUGUUGAGUGGGGCUUAGUAUUUCCUGAUGCUAACGGGGAGUAUCAGUCUCCUAUUAACUUAAACUCAAGAGAGGCUAGAUAUGACCCCUCCCUGCUGGAUGUCCGCCUCUCACCAAAUUAUGUGGUCUGCAGAGACUGUGAGGUCACCAACGAUGGACACACCAUUCAGGUUAUCCUGAAGUCCAAAUCAGUUCUUUCAGGAGGCCCAUUGCCUCAAGGGCAUGAAUUUGAACUCUAUGAAGUUAGAUUUCACUGGGGGAGAGAAAAUCAGCGUGGCUCUGAGCACACAGUUAACUUCAAAGCUUUCCCUAUGGAGCUCCACCUGAUCCACUGGAACUCCACCCUGUUUGCCAGUAUUGACGAAGCUGUGGGGAAGCCUCAUGGCAUCACUAUCAUAGCGUUGUUUGUUCAGAUAGGAAAGGAACAUGUAGGCCUGAAGGCUGUGACUGAAAUCCUCCAGGAUAUCCAGUAUAAGGGAAAAUCCAAAACAAUACCCUGCUUUAAUCCUAAUACUUUGUUGCCAGACCCUCUGCUGAGGGAUUACUGGGUCUACGAAGGUUCCCUCACUAUCCCACCUUGCAGCGAAGGUGUUACCUGGAUACUGUUCCGGUACCCCUUAACCAUAUCUCAGCUCCAGAUUGAAGAAUUCCGAAGACUGAGGACACAUGUUAAAGGAGCAGAACUUGUGGAAGGCUGUGAUGGCAUUUUGGGAGACAAUUUUAGACCCACCCAGCCACUUAGUGACAGAGUCAUUAGAGCUGCAUUUCAGUAACCAAAGAGAAUGAGAGCAAGUUCAUCUUUAUCUGGGAGGAAGAUAAUGAGCCUGUAGUGCCCUUGGAUGAGAAACGGAAACUGGAACUGCAGCUUCCUCAAAGCCUACAUUGCUUAAUCUUCAUCGGUUCCAGAUCUGAUGGACUUCUGAGACAGCUGCCAGUGCACUUGUUCUAAUGAAGUACUAGGAAUGUCUGUAUAUUCAGAAGAAACUCUAUAUUAUAUAUCCACAUCACUGCUGCUCUUCUCAUGUUUUUGCAAUACUGCUUAUUACUUAAUAUGUAGACGAAGUCUAACUAGUUUUCAGAGGUGUUAUGAAUAUGAAUAUAUAUUAUGUGUUCAUAUUGAGAAAGAAAUUCUUUGCCCAUGUUAGCAGACCUUCAUUGCUGGUGUUCAACAGGAAGAUCACUCAUUUGGAGAAGAAUGUAAUUUUUGAUUUAAGAAAAACAAGAAUUUUGAUCAAUAUUAGCAAAGAGCUUCAAAAUGCAAUGUGACAGACUAGUGAACACCACAUCUCUUAUUAGUUUUAUUUUUAACAUUCACACACCACUUAGUGUCAGGAUGGCUUAUUAUUAUGGAAAACAAGUUGGGAGUUAUUGUAAGAACAUAUGUUAUAUAUUAGUUUUCUAGUUAAAGGACUUAAUUGAAUCUAUGUAUUUAAUCAUAUGUAUUUGAUUGAUUGUAAGCUGUGGAUUGUUAGAAGCUGAGAAAGCUAUAGAAAAGGAUCCAGAUGACACAAGAUGAAAGAGAGUAUAGCAUAUCGGGAAGGAUCUUAUUUUGAAUUAAUAGAAAUAGAAAUUUAAUAUAAAUAUAAAUUAGGCAUCCUCUAGUGAUUUAGUGUUAUGCAUUUUAUAAAACUAAACUAUUUCAUUCUGUAGUUUCCAUGUUGCCAUGUGGAGAUAUUUCUGUCAAAGAUCACUGGCAGCCUUAUUUUAAUUAUUUCUGACCAUUUUAAGCAUAUGCUUAGUUACAGUUUAGAUGUGAUGGGAAGCAAUGAUGUAUUUAAAUCAGUAGAGUGCCUGAUGGAAAACAAGAACUUAAUAAAUGUCAUUUGUUGUUAGUUGUUA